UCCCCAAAUUUUCCAAUUACAGUAAUGGAUACUGCUCUGUUUUCUCCUUCUUCCUUGUUCGGCGGCAGUGAUAGCAACUCCUCCGAUGAAGAGAACACGGAGGCUCGGCAAAAUUUUGUGGAGAGGAGGCACCAGUUCCCUGAAAUGGAGUUGCUCAUCCAAGAAUUUUCUUUUCACCAGAUGAAUGCUAAUUUACUUUGGCCUGGGACAUUUGCAUUUGCGGAAUGGAUUGCGCAACAUACAUCCUGGUUAAGCGGGAGUCGCAUAAUUGAGCUAGGCAGUGGAACUGGAGCUUUGGCUAUCUUCUUGAGCAAAUCAUAUCAACUUGAUAUUACAACGUCGGACUAUGAUGAUCCUGAUAUUGAAGAGAACAUAGCACAUAAUUGCCAGGCGAAUGGCGUUUCACCUGCCCUUCCUCACAUAAGGCAUUCAUGGGGAGAUGUGUUUCCAGUAGCUGAUCCUGACUGGGACCUCAUCAUUGCAAGUGAUAUCUUACUAUAUGUGAAACAAUAUGAGAACUUGGUAAAGACGCUAUGCUUUCUAUUGAAAUCCUACAAGCCAAAAGUUAAUGAAACAGGUUCUGGAACUAGUGAAGAAAAAGAUACAUGUCCUUUGCCUCGGCCAGCUUUCUUAAUGAGCUGGAGGCGCAGGAUAGGGAAAGAAGACGAAUCACUCUUUUUCACAGGAUGUGAAAAGGCUGGUCUUGAAGUAAACCAUUUGGGAUCUCGUGUGUAUUGCAUUAAACCCAAAGAAACCAGUGCCAUUGAAUACGUUGAGUGAACUUUACGAGCUUAUGGAACUGAGGUUUAACUUUGUGCUGGCUACCUCUACCGCGAGGGCAUAGGGUCUAGUGUCCUUUGCUGUAUCUUCAUGUGUUAUUCUUCCAGUAGAUGGGGCUCGUACAUGUUCUGCAAUACUCCUCGUUAAUGCUCCUCCGGUAUGAAGAGUUCUUAAUGUUAAUCGAAGUACCCGAAUGGAUGGUGUACGAUGAUUAUUUUCUUUUCUUUUCUUUUCGAGACACAUGAAGCUACCUACAUGUAGAGGAAAGUCCCAUGAUGAAAUGUAACAGUUAGCCUGGUAAUGUCUCAUUCGAUAUUUUUAGGAUAUUAGUUUUGAGAAGUAGUGUUUAUCCUAGAGUGUAUCUUUUAAGCAGAUUUUUUCAUAUUCAUUCAGCAGCAUUAUUUUUAUGGAAAUUAUCUCAUUGAAUAGA